AUAUUACCAUUAUAUCCCCUUGUGUUUAGCCUCUCUCCUAACAUUACCAUUAUACCCUCCUCCUUUACCCUCUCUUCCCAUCUCCAGUUCGAUGCCGCCUCCGUUGGAUAGCCUUGCAGGUCCUUCUCCCCUUCAUCUUCUUCCUCAUGGAACCCUUUGCCUGAACUACUGCCCGAGUUGGAGAACAGUGGGGUUUUCAGAUUGGGUUUUCCGGCGUGUAGGACCACCACUGCACGAUCGCUGGCGUAGAUCUGAGGCGGUUCUGGCGCUGCUCCGACGCGGUCCUGAUGUUGCUUCGAGGCUGCUCCGUCACGACAUCAGUCCAAAACAGUUGCAGCAUGAGCAUCAUCAUUCCACACUGCGUGCACCAACCUUGUCAUCGCUCUCAUGCUCCCACAAAUGAAGCAAUCACGCUUCAUCACCAUUCACUCCACCCUACGCCAAUUCUCUCUGUGCCUUACACUCCAACGCUUUCAAAGAACCCUCUUCGAAGCAGAUUGACCAAACCUCUUGCACUUGCAGCUCCUGAAACCCAUGAUGAACAACCCAACAUUCGACCCUUCAUUCACCUCUUAAAGACCUGCGAUGAAAAUGGGUAUCUUAAACAAGCAAAAUCAAUUCAUGGGCAUGUCUUAAAAUCGGGUUUUGGAGGCAAGGAUUUGUUGGUGUUUUUGAAUAAUACAGUUCAUGUUUACUCCAAAUGCUUGGACUACAAUUCUGCACGUAAAGUGUUUGAUGGAAUGUCCCAGAGAAACGUGUUUACUUGGACUGUUAUGAUUGUCGCGUCAAAUGAGCAUGGUUACUACCACGAUGGGGUGGAGCUAUUUAGCAUGAUGUUGGAGCAAGGUGUGUUGCUUGAUGGGUUUGUCCUCUCUGCUGUUUUGCAGUCUUGUGUUGGGUUGGAUUCGAUUGAGUUCGGUGAGAUGGUGCUCCGUCACGGCACGAAGAGGCUGAAGCAGCGAGGUGAAUGGGACGCCCCCUGAGGCUUAAGGAUUACCACCCAGGUUGAGGAGUAUCAUUUUUACGGUGACAAAUUUUUUUAAGGCAUUCUAUUCAUUGCUGAUUACAUCAUUAAACUAAUCAUUGCUCUUAAAUUAGCAUUCUUCCCAUCAACAUUGGUCUAAAAUCACGGUGCUGAAGUCGAAUGGUUAUUUGAUUUUUGCUUUGUGCUCAGAGAAAAUGGUUUGUAUCUUUGUUUUCAAUCACGUGUAGUUAGAGCAAUACGUGCUCAAAAUUAUUUAUUACUAUUUUGUCUUUAAAUUAAUUUAUGCCUAUCUAAGGAAAAUCAUAUUUGUAUAUGAGCCGAUGAGUUCAAUUGAUUGCCAACUUAUCUUGCUUUUAUUUUUGCAGUUCAGGAGGGUUGCUAAUAUCUACUUUCUUACAAUCUCAGUCUUGUCUACCACACCCAUCAGCCCUGUCUCUCCAAUAACUAAUGUGCUUCCUCUAUCUCUGGUGCUUCUCCUCUCUCUUAUUAAGGAAGCUUUUGAGGACUGGAAGCGUUUUCAAAAUGACAUGGCAAUAAACAAUGGUACGAUAGAUGUACUGCGAGAUCGAGAAUGGGUGUAUAUACCCUGGAAAAAGUUGCAAGUUGGUGACCUAGUCAAGGUUAAGCAGGAUGAAUUCUUUCCUGCAGAUCUGCUUUUCCUGGCUAGUACAAAUGUUGAUGGUGUCUGCUACAUUGAGACAACUAAUUUGGAUGGGGAAACCAAUUUGAAGAUUAGGAAAGCAUUGGAAAAGACUUGGGAUUACUUUACUCCAGAGAAGGCAUCUGAGUUCAAAGAGAUUAUGAUGGCAAAGUAACUCCUGAGAAGGUAGCAACUGCUGCAAUGUACUUAAAGGGUAUACAAGAGCUCAUCACAUUUGAGAAACUACAAGGCCUCCCAAAUUGUUGUGGUGUAGUUGAUGUUACACACAUCAAUGUGUUUAGCUUCUACAUAACCUCAUAAGGAAGUGUGGCUUGACCAUGAGAAGAAACAUAGCAUGGUCAAUAGUGGAUCCUGGAUAUGAGGUUCAGAGACCGUCACUGGUUGGCCAGGUCAUUUGAAGGAUUGGAUGGUCUUUGAGGAUUCAACUUUCCACAAUCAAGAUGCAUAUAAAUGGGGAAGAGAAUUGCUUACAGAUCAGAUCAUGGGAGCAAUAGGCUUAGGAGUAGUACAAUAUGUAUCAAUAUAUUGUAUUUGUAGAAACACAUUAAGUGUGAUAUUUAUUUGCAGUUUUGUCAACUUUGUAAUUUCAGUUAAAUUGUGAGCUACUCCAGAUUUGAGUAAUUGUGUACUAUUUUUGUGACAAUAUCUUAUAUAAUAAAAGUUAUGAUUCAUUUA